AUGUCCUCCCUCACCCCCGAUCAGAUCAAAACCCUCGAGCAAUCGCGUCAACGCCUCGUGCAAUUGACGCAUUCCCUGGCCUCGUUGAUCACCAGUUUGAACCAGAGUGAUCCCCUGCCUUCAUGGACCUCCCUCCAAUCCCAAGCAACAAUCAUCAGCAACAAUCUCCUCACCAUCUCCGACCACCUCUCGGACAACCGCGACCUCCUCGCCACCCUCGUCGCCUACCCGGCCCCCUCCUACCCCUCGCGCAACCCGGCCAACACCGUCGCCCUCGAGCAGCUGCUGCGCACCAAACUCGAUCCGCGGGUCGAGGACUGGGUCGCGCGCGGCCGGAAGGCCGGUGGGUCGCUGGCGUCUGCCUCGCCUCCGUUCGUGCCGGGCAGUGCGGGGAAUGACUAUGGGGGCGGUGCAGCACCGGGGGCUGACGGGAAUGGUAAAGGGCUGGAUGAUCUGGGCGCGCUCGCCGAGCUGUGGGAUUGGGCGCCGGUGGAGGCGAACCAGGAGGCGCGGCGGAGGAAUUGGGGCGGGAACUUUACGUUGGAGGAGCGGGAGCAAGGCGUGGGGAACGUGGUGACGGGGUUGAGGCGUGUGUUGGAUGAUGAUGACAGUGAAAGUGAGGAGGAGGGGGAGAGUGGGGAGGAGGAAGGGGAGGGGGAGCCGGAUGAGAUGGAGGUCGUUGGGGUGAGGAGGAAGUCUGGGGUGGGACAGGGGUUGGAGUUUGAUAUUGCGCCGGUUUCUGCUUCUGCUGCUUCUGGCCCGGGGCAUGCUGGGCAGCAGAAGGUUGUGGCGCCGGUUGUGCCGUUGGAUGAGAUUUUGCGGUUUAUGACCGUUGGGAUUAUGCCGAGUCAGAGGUGA